AUGACACAUCGGUAUGAUAGGCUACAUGAAGAUGUGAAAUCUUACGCCAUGAUGACUAAGACGUGCUAUAUGGAGUAUGAUCCAAUGAAUGGUCGAGGAGUACUGCCAGGGAUUUAUGCACGUUGUGUUGGGCCGGUGAUCGGCAACACUGCUAUUUUGCAAGACACUAACCUUAAUCAGGUUCAGGUGGUAGUUGAGAGGGAUAAGUCAGGUAUCUACUUCACUCAUGGCUGGUCUCGCAUGCGAGACCUUUACAAGAUUAGUAUUGGAGCUUGGGUUGUCCUCACUUUUGUGAAUCUCUUCCUAUUUCAUAUCAGACUCAUCAACAUCACUGGUUUUCCCAUCACUUGCCCUCUUAGAAAUCCCCCUUAUAGACUAAUGUUGGAGGAAGGUUUUCAGACAGGUUCUUGGGAUGCACCUAUACCCUUUUUUGUAAUGCCAAAGGUUUACACACACAUGCUCGAGAAAACUUUGACUGCUGCCGAUGUUGCAAGUGGGACUCUGGUGCCAUAA